AUGCGGCGGCGGCGGCGGCUGGAAUUUGGGCCGCCGCUCACCGCCACAGGAACAGCCACAACGAGGCGCGCAGAAGCUGCAGCUGCUGCUUCCUGCUUCGCACUGACCGAGCUCUAUGACGACAACGUGCUCCCCCGCAAUGGACGGCUCGGUCAAGAGAUGCACGCGCAUGGCUUGGCUGGGCCGGGUCACGAUGGACAGAUGUGUGUGGUCGAGGAAGACAGCGCAUUGAUCAAGCGCAAGGGCUCACUGGACGACGCCAGAGCCGUCAGAACCGAUGGACAAGCGAGGCUGGAGAUGGACGACCAUCGCGCCUUGGCAUUUCUCACGCUUCUGACGGGACUCGGAGGUCAGGCUACGUCGCCGGUGGCGGGAGUCGAGCCUCGCCGUACAGGUUAG